AUGGCGCCGUCCCUGGAAGAGCCAGAGCCUGUGGCUGAAGUUCUCGCCAACCCCAUGAAACAAAAACCUCAACUCGUCGCCCCGGAGCCCGAACACUGUCCUGGUCCAGAGUCGCAACAAGCCGGACAAGCGGAUUCCUGCGCCGGGUGCCCCAACCAGGCCAUCUGCGCUUCUGCGCCCAAGGGACCCGAUCCCGACAUUCCCCUGAUAUCGGCUCGCCUACGAGACGUCAAGCACAAAAUCCUUGUCCUCAGCGGCAAAGGCGGCGUGGGCAAAAGCACCUUCACCUCCCUGCUGGCCCACGCGUUUGCCACAAACCCCGACAGCAACGUCGGCAUCAUGGACACGGACAUAUGCGGCCCCAGCAUCCCCAAGAUGAUGGGGGUGGAGCAAGAGACGAUCCACGUCAGCGGCACGGGCUGGUCGCCGGUUUGGGUCAUGGACAAUCUCGGCGUGAUGAGCAUCCAGUUCAUGCUGCCCAACCGGGACGACGCCGUUAUCUGGAGGGGCCCCAAGAAGAACGGGCUGAUCAAGCAGUUUCUGAAGGAUGUGGAAUGGGGCGACCUGGACUUUUUGCUCGUCGACACGCCCCCCGGCACGAGCGACGAGCACUUGAGCGUCAACUCGUUCCUGAAAGAGAGCGGCAUCGACGGCGCUGUCCUGGUUACUACGCCCCAAGAAAUUUCGUUGCUGGACGUACGGAAGGAGAUUGACUUUUGCCGCAAAGCGGGCAUCAGGAUACUCGGCUUGGCCGAGAACAUGAGCGGCUUCGUCUGCCCCAAGUGCAAAGGAGAGAGCCAGAUUUUCAGACCCACGACGGGCGGGGGCAGAGGGCUCGCGGACGAGAUGGGCAUUCCUUUCUUGGGUGCGGUCCCAUUGGAUCCGAGAAUCCGGAUGGCAUGCGACUACGGAGAGAGCUUCUUUGAUUCGUUCCCUGACAGUCCGGCGUGUUUGGCGUUUCAAGAAGUGGUCAAGAACAUGGCUAAACAGCUCAAUCUGGACUCCAGUAGCGUAUUGCCCGAUAAAUAG